UUAAUAAAAACCCAACCAUUGAAAGACCUUUUUCAUUCUUUCACAUUUCCCAUGCACUUUAUAACGUAAUAAAAACGCUCUCUCACACCCAACUUGACCUUCCUCUUGUACCAAAUUUCUUCUAACUAUUUCAUCCCCCUCCCAAUCAGUCAAGUUCACAAAGAUAAAACCACCACACAAGACAUCUUGGGAACCAAGUUCACAUCAUCUAUAUAACCAUCAACCACCCUAGCCUCAAGCAAUUUGCCAACAAAGAUGCAUCCUUUCAAAUUCAAUCCACUGUCGCUACUAAAUUUGUUCCUUGUAAUUGUUGUUUUCACAAUCCCGGGGUCAGCUGAUGAAAAGUGCUCAGCUUGCACUCAAAGCUCUCCACCACCACCGUCACCAUCACCACCACCACCGUCACCACCACCGCCAUCGCCAUGUCCACCGCCACCGUCACCGCCAGCUCAGCCACCACCAGAAGUACUGCCGCCACCUACUCCCAAAAAGCCGUCAACCACAUACUGCCCUCCUCCUCCAGCAUCAAUGAUAUACAUAACUGGUCCACCGGGCACUUUGUACCCUAUUGAUGAUCAUUUCAAUAAUGGUGGUAGCCAGAAUUCAGCCACGGUGUUGUCUGUUUUGGUCAGCUGUGGAUUGUUGGGUCUUCUUGCUUUUUGGUGAUCAUAAGGGUAAGUUUCAGUGUUAAAUGGAAAAUAGAAUUUUAUGGAUAUAUAUGUUAAUUGUUUAGAUCAAAGACUCUUUAAGGCCUGAGAAUUUUGUACUCAGUUUAAAUCUGUACCUAACAUGGUACAUACUAUAUCUAAAUUGCUCAAUAACAAUCUUUCUACACAGAUCUGUUGCCAAUUA